AUGGCAGCUCCUGAAUCAGACGGGCCAGGACGCCUGAUCUCUCAUUUUCGCAACAGAGAUAGCAAGCAACAAUUGUCAGGAUGGACCGAACUUUGGGAGACGGAUCAGUCCGACCUGUGGGAUCGCGGCAAACCCUCUCCCGCUCUCAUCGAGUUCAUCGAAUCCAAGGCAGAGGUUCUUUAUAACAUAACCAACAAAUACCGGCCUAAAGCUCUCAUUCCCGGAUGCGGAAAAGGAUACGACGUUGUAGCCUUGGCUCUGCAUGGCUUCGACGUCUAUGGGCUUGAGAUUUCCGAGACGGGAGUUGCGACGGCACGACGAUACGCAGAGGCAGAAUUGGGAGAGCCGACCGAGUAUAACUACCACGACUUGAACACAUGGUCAUCGAGUGAUAUCGGAAACGUCACCAUCAUCGCAGGAGAUUUCUUCCAAAAGGGCUGGGAACCUCAGGGGUUUCAAGGGUUCGAUGUUAUAUAUGACUACACAUUCCUGUGUGCGCUGCACCCUUCCAUGCGACAAGGAUGGGCUCGUCGAAUGCACGAGCUCUUGGCCCCGGACGGGGUCUUAAUUUGUCUAGAGUUUCCUCUUUGGAAAGACCUGACUCUACCAGGACCUCCGUGGGGUUUGAAGGGCGUCUAUUGGAAUCUAUUGGCGAUGGGGGGCAACGGCAUAAUUAAUCAGCCAGGUGAGGAGGAAAUUGACAAGGAGGGUCCAUUUCGACGACUUCUGUAUUUUAAACCACAGAGAUCUUAUGAGAAUGGCAGGGGAACGGAUAUGGUUAGUGUUUGGUCCGCCUUACCAUGGCAGUUCCCUGAUGAUACGCAUGAAUAA